CACGUGGGAAGGCGUUGUGGUUCUUUAGCCCUCGGGACUCUUUUGGUCGGGGUCAUGCUGUAGGGCAAGAAGGAGUCUGCGUUCGCGGCUGCCUCCCGUCCUGCUCCCUUGCGCAGAAUGAGUCGCUGCGAUUGUUAUAACUAGCAGGUGUUUUCAUGAAGAUGAAGUUGAAUCUCUGCAAAGUGGUUGGUGGCUGUCGUCUCGGCAGGCUGGCAAACAUUGGCAAGAAAGGGAUUCAGUGCAUGGAUAUUCCAGGUUGUCUGCUUUAUACCAAAAUGGGAUCAGCACCACACCUCACCCACGACACACUGGAGACUGUCAAAGAUGUUCCUAUCGCUGUACAGCUUUCACUUCCAGCUCUGGUAGAGCUUCAGGAGGUCAUGGAGGAAUAUAAAGAAGGGAUUGCAAAGUUUGUAGGUAUGCCUGACUCGAUAGUGUACUGUUCCCUUCACGACCCAGCUGUUUUUUCUCCACCUGGCUACAACAAUAACAAGACCGUUUCUAUAUGGGGGUCUGGAGGGAGGAUGGAAAUGACACCAUCAAAGUUCAUGGCCAUUCAACGGGCUGUGCAGCCAGACUGGUUCCAGUGUCUCUCAGAUGGAGACACUAUUGCUGCAGAAGUCUCCAAGAAGAGGGCCAAGAAGUCUGUGGAUCGAUCGCUGGUUUUCUUGGAUGAGUGCUUACGACUAAAAGAGGAGUUUCCAGAACUGCAAGCGAGUGUGAUGAUUGGGGUUAUUGAAGGUGGGGAUGUGUUGGAGGAAAGGCUGCGAUCCGCCAAGGAGACUGCCAAGCGCCCUGUGGGUGGCUUCCUGCUAGAUGGCUUCCAGGGAAAUGCCAUGGCCAAGGAUACCAAGCUGGAACUCUUGUCCUCUACUGUAGCAGCAUUGCCAGAUGAUAAACCAAGGCUCAUCCAUGGUAUUGGCAGGCCAGAUGAAGUGCUGGAGUUAAUUGAGAGAGGAGUGGAUGUUUUUGAGAGUUGUUUCCCUUACCAGGUGACAGAGCGAGGCUGUGCUUUGUCUUUCAGCUGCCGUUACCAUCUGGAUCCUGAUGGAGAAGUCCUAAAAGAAAAUGGGGACCCAGACAAGGAAGAAAGCAAGGCCGAAAAAGCAAAAACUGGAAUCCUCAGUGGAACUGAAGGGAUGACUGCGUUUGAAAUAUGUUUGAAAGAAAAAAGGUACCAGGAUGAUUUUGGUCCUCUAGUGAGUGGAUGCUCGUGCUACUGCUGUCAGAACCAUAGCCGUGCCUAUGUCCACCACCUCCUGAUGACCAGUGAGUUGCUGGCCAGUGUCCUGCUCAUGAUGCAUAAUUUUCAGCACUACUUUGCCUUCUUCCGCUCUGUUCAGGAUGCCCUGAAAGAAGACAAGCUGGAUAAGUUGAAGGAGAUCAUCUGUAGGCAAGCCAUUUAAGCCCCCAAAAUACAUAUACAGUGUAUAUGGAGAAGAACCACUCAUGGAUUAGGAGUCUCCAGAUUUGGCCUACAGGCAGUGUCAUGUCAUUGGGAGCAUAGCUCUCUAAGAGGCUUAGGAGUGGUGGAGCCCUCUCCCCAUAAGCCGCUCCACUGAAGAAAUGUGGAAGGCAAAGAUAAGAGCUGAGGACAUGUUUAAAGUCAUUCUGCACUAGCUAACCAUCUUUUAUCAUCAUGAAUUUUGUUGGUAAGCUUCAUAAAUCGUGAGACUGUUGACGCUGGAUGAAAAGAAUAUAAAAUGCCAGCUUCCAUUUUGGGCUCUGGUUUCAUCUUCAUUAGAGGAAUAUCAAUGUGCUUUGGACUAUUAUUUUAAACUUUCUGCGAAGAAUGUAAAGAAUACAGAAAGAAGUAGUUCUCUUUGUAACAGUUGUCUUUUCUUGGAUAUCCUGGUAGUUGAGACAUAAUGGCUAUUUUGCAAAUAGGACCAAGCCUUACAGCACUCCAUGCUCUUGGCAAAGUGAGAACUGUGAUCACAUCAUGACUUGCAUGACAAUGUACAGUAUAGGACACGUGAUUGCUUAGCAAGAUUUUAAAGAUCCAAGGAGCAGUCUUAGUCUUAGAUGUUUCAAUUUCUUACCUGAUAGUGUGAGGACAGUAAGAUGUUUGCCUUGGAUGACUGCGGUUGUCCAAAUAUACAUAUGUAAAAGAGCUAUGACUGUUCACAUUUUCUGAACUUGAUCAAGCAUGUUCUUUUUUAGUUGAUUUCUGAAUUAUACAAACUAGAUUUUUAAAAGUUUUAAAAAAUAAAACACAUUCAUAUUUU